AAAUUCUGGAGACUCAUUUUUUUUCUGGAGUUGACUCAACAAAAAUAUUUCAAUUGAAUCAUCGUGACUUCCUAAUUACUAAAUUAGGUAAACAAUAAUGGCAGCGAUUACAGAAGUAGGAAAAGUAAUAACAUUAGAUCCUAAACCUGGAUUUGUGGUUAAAACCAAAAUUAUAGAAGCCAAAGAUUAUGCAUUACUUUCUAGAAAAGUGUUUAUAAACAUUUGUCAAGACUCUCAAGUACCGACACCUGAAAUUGAAUUUGAUCCAGCAGUUGUAUUUCCCUUGAUUAUAGAUAAUAAAUGGGAGAUUCCUCUAAUAGUUUCUAAUAUUAAGAAUGAUAAAGAUAAAAAGGGAGUUGCAUCUAUAGUUGUUGAUUGUUGUAUUAAUCCAAUUUGCUUCCGAUGGUGUCAAGUGAGUGAAGACUUGAAAACUAUAUUAAUCGAAUGGUGUAUAGAAGCGGUUGAAAUGGCAUAUUCAUAUGUAUUUGAUCGAGAAUAUUCCAAACCCAAAAUGUUAGCUAAAGGUGAGUUAUCGAAAACUGAAAUACAGGAAUCAGAGAUUAAAGAUUCUGGACUUCAAAAGAGGCUCAAAGAUAUACAAGAGAAUGAAAUCUUAGGAUUACUAGAAGAAACUAAUGAUAUAGAUAUGGAAGAAGAGUUACCUGAACUAACAAAUAUCAAAGGAGAAUUGAAAAAUAAACCACUUAUAGAAGAACUCAGUGAUAUGUCUAUAGACUCACUUCCACCCAAACUUUCAAAACCAGAAAUUACAACAUCCAAACAAGAUUUGAACCAACCCCAAAAAAUUGAUUUCACAUUAGUCAUUCGUAAAACCGAACCUACUCAAAUAAUUCAAAUAUCUAGCCCUCAGUUCAAUGGUUCCGAUUUAAGCUUACAAUUAUCACCAGAAACUCAAGAAAUAAUCCUUAAAAAUUUGGAUAGUUCAUUAUAUUUCACUCGUGCUAACAAUAUCUACAACGACACAAUAUCUAUUCCAUUUGUCAAAUCAAAACCACUCGAUAACAUAAAUUCAUUCUUCGUUCAAUCAGAGCAGUCUCUCUAUAUAUUUAUAUAG